UCUAAUACAGUGCGCUGUCAACGACAGGAUGGGAGUGAGUGAGUCUAUGAAGGGUCUUCUAUUCUACCUCUGCAUCUGUAGUCAUGUUUCUACUGUGGAAGCGUGGGAACUCACCCUGCUUCAUACCAACGACGUCCACGCAAGGGUUGAGGAAACGAGCAACAGUUACGGCAAAUGCACCAAGCCUCCGUGUUUUGCUGGUGUGGCAAGGAGGUUUACGAAAAUACAGGAGAUCCGGAGCCGGGAGAAGAACGUGAUGCUGCUGGAUGCAGGCGACCAAUUUCAGGGAACCGUUUGGUUUAAUGUAUAUAAGGGAGCCGAGGCUGCUUAUUUUAUGAAUAAACUUGGCUACGAUGCGAUGGCUCUGGGGAAUCACGAGUUUGACAAUAACGUGGAGGGACUUAUCAAGCCAUUUCUCCAGGAGGUGAAGUGCACAGUCCUCAGUGCUAACAUCAAAGCAGAUGACACACUUUCGCCACACAUCAGCGGUCUUUAUUUCCCAUAUAAGAUAUUUGAUGUCGGCUCUCAGAAAGUGGGCGUGGUUGGAUACACUUCAAAGGAAACACCUGCCCUGUCACAAACGGGACCUAACUUAGUGUUUGAGGAUGAGAUUGAUGCCCUUCAGCCCCAGGUCGACAAACUCAUCACCCUGGGGGUCAACAAGAUCAUCGCCCUCGGUCACUCUGGCUUCGUUACGGACAAAGAAAUAGCCAGAAGGGUGAAGGGUGUGGAUGUGGUCAUUGGAGGACACAGCAACACAUUUCUGUACACAGGAGAGAAACCUUCCUCUGAGGUUCCGGCAGGUCCUUACCCCGUCAUGGUGAAAUCAGAGGAUGGGCGGGACGUCCCUGUGGUGCAGGCCUUUGCUUUUGGGAAAUAUCUGGGUUACCUCAAGGUGACAUUUGAUGAGGCUGGCAAUGUGGUCCAGUCCACAGGCAACCCCAUCCUGCUGGACAGCUCUGUACCAGAGGACCCCAGUAUUCUUGCUGACGUAAACGAGUGGAAAAAGGCCCUGGCAAAUUACUCCUCCCAGUAUGUGGGGGAGACCCUGGUGUAUCUCAAUGGAACGUUUGAAGAGUGCAGGUUCCGAGAGUGCAACUUGGGAAACCUAAUCUGCGACGCUAUGGUACACCACAACAUUAAAUAUGCAGAUGAGCUUCAGUGGAACCAUGUCAGCUCCUGCAUCGUCCAAGGGGGAUCAAUACGGUCAUCCAUAGAUGAACGCAGCCGAAAUGGUUCCAUCACGAUGGAAGACCUGAUUGCUGUGUUGCCGUUUGGAGGCACCUAUGAUCUGGUGCAGCUGAAGGGCUCCACUCUGAGGAAAGCUUUUGAGCACUCUGUCAGGAGAUAUGGAGGGAGCACAGGGGAAUUCCUUCAAGUAUCAGGAUUCCAUGUAGAGUAUGAUAUGUCAAGGCCCCCAGGGGAACGUGCCAGGAGUAUCAGUGUGAUCUGUACGAACUGCCGGGUGCCCGUCUAUGAGCCACUGGACGACAGCAGACUAUACAAGGUGGUCCUGCCCUCCUACCUGGUGGAAGGAGGAGACGGAUUCUCCAUGAUCAAAGAGGAGAAGCUAAAACACGACAGUGGUGACAUGGACAUUUCGGUGGUGGCCAGCUACAUUACUGAGAGGAAGAAGGUGCAUCCAGCUGUAGAAGGACGUAUCAAGAUUUCCAACUCAAAUUCAGGAGGAUCUGGACACACAACUCUGUUAAUCCUGAUAGGGCUGGUGAUGGCUCUGUCUAGGAGCCUAUGAGAUCCCUGCCUGCAACGCUAGCUCGCCAUUGGAUGUGUUCUUCUCAGCAUCCAAGGGAAGAGCUCAACUCUAGUUAGACUAACUAGAGUACAAAUUUGAAGGACAUUGGUGAAAUAUCCAUUAACAAGCUGCUUAGAAAUUUCUAUGUAAAUUACACACUGGACUCCUCUACAGGUUUUGCUUUGUCAAGUCUCAUGUACAGUAACUGCUGUCACGCUCUUGCUCAGAAAUUCUGUUUAUAUAAUAGUACCACAUACAGUGCAAACUUCAGCAGAGAUGGAAACAGAUGACCACUGCCUGUUUUAAUGUGUGCACUGGGCAGAGUAUGCUUGCUUAACCAGCAUUAGUUUAUGGGAGAAGAUAUACAAACAACAAGCUCUGUGGGACCAGAGAGGUAUCUCAAAAGGAGAUAAACGAGUUGGUGAUCAACCUUGUGUAAAUAUUUAUAGUAUUCUUUACAGGGCAAAUUAGCGACUUUUUUAUGGUCAUGAACGCUAUAAAAUCUGAUUAGGACUUUACUAAAGUUGGUUAGCUUGUUUCAAAUCCCCCUCUGUUAAUUCUAGAGAAAUACAUUGAGAACCAAAGAGGUCAUGUAAAUAGCCUAUGUGAAAUGUAAUGUUUUAUAUUUGGCUUUGUUGUGAUAUUGAAAUAAGCUUGAUAGCAGUACAUUUAGACAGAUAUCUCUGAUCUUGAACUGGCUCAUAAAAAAAAAAAGUACAAUGCCUCAUUCCAUCUAAUGUAGCAUUUCAAAAAGGAAACAAUAUGAAGUGACUCAAUUGAGUGAGGGGUGUGGCUUUGCUGCUCUCACCAUUGAUCAGAACUGUUUCAAGGCAGAGUAGUAUUCUGAGGAAAAGGAACACUUGCUCCCACAGGCUUUACAGGUGCCAGCCAUUCAUCUCCACCCACCGCUGGCACCAGUGGACUGGGAAUGCACGUGGUAUUACCAUGGAAAGUAUCUCCUUUCCACAGUGGGAGAAACAAGAUUCCAAGGGAGGGCAGAUGGAAAUGUAUUAGGACACAACCUCAAUUUAGAAAACUGAGAAGCUGACUUGGAUGUGAGAAACUAAACAUGCCCCUAACCACAGGUCUAAGCUCAGCUUAUUGCUCCAGCCUCCAUCUCUGCUGUAAAAAUACACAAAUUAAACCAUAGUUACCAUACAAAACACAUACAGUCUGGAUAACCAUCAUCUCACGAAGGGAAGACCUCUUACAUUGACACAUCAAGAUGGACCUAUGUGCAGCAGUCAGCAAGGAAUUAUUUAAGCCAGAUAAAAUAUGACCACCCUGUAAAAUCAAUAAAUAUACUUUAUUAUUGUACAUUGGAAUGUUGAUAAGAUCCCAGAGACAUUGGAAUUUGCACUGCACUUUCGUUCCAGGGAAGGGAAGCGUGCUGUUAUCUACAUCCACUGGUUACUAUCGGCCGAUGGCUCUCUCUGUCCCUGCUGAAUAGACAACAUUGUCACGGUAUCCGCAGGAAGGUACACAAACUACAUCCUGGUACCUUCCUACUUUAUAAAUAAGCGUGUCUAAAUAGUUUGGAAAAGACAUGGUUGGCUUGUGUAUCCGAUUCUUAGGAAUUUACCUUGCCGAGCUCUGGAAACAGUUCUUCGACAGCAAUAUCCAUCAGAACGUAAGUCAUCUGAGGGGCAGAGGACAGAAACAAGAGAAAAAACAGAUAAUGCACCAUGAGACCUUGGCUGCAGAGAAAAUUGUCUCCUUGUUUGGCUUUCAGCUUUACCUGCUUGUUAAGAAGUGGCUGCUGAAAACCGUCAAAGAGAAGCCUGAUGCCCUCGUAUUUGGCCUCCUGUCCGAUGCACUUUUCCACAAAGUCUAUGAGGUGAAAAGACAAAGACAUCAAUACAGUACAACUGAGGCCCACUUUAUCCAUAAAAACUCAACUAUACCUUUGGCAGGUGAUUCCAUCAAAUUAUUACUAUUUCCAUGGAUGAUGCCAUUGCACUUGUUCAACAUGCAGCGUUUCUGCCAGGACAUGCUUUCAAAAGUAGGACCAGGCUUCCAGAGAUUAGAAUGAAACCGAUAAAUCAGGGAGUGUGUCCCAAAAUGGCAUCCAAUUCCCUUUAUAGUGCACUACUUUUGACCAGGGCCCAUAGGGGCAUAUGCACAGGCAAUGGGACUUAUUGAUAUGAUGAAAUGGAAAAUAUCUGGGCUUGGAGAAAACUAUUCUCUGUGUCUGGAUGUCAUUUGUCAACACAAUGUAAUAAAACAGAACUUGCUCGGUGGCUAAUGAACUGUGGUUAAGACAUGAAUCCAUCAUGCUGAGAGCUAGAUAUCUUGUGUAGAGAGUGCAUACUGGAUCUGUGCAACAGUUGGAAGCAGAUGGAUACAGCAAAAGAAUACUAGAGAACAUAUCAGUUGUCAGCCAAUGCUUGGUAGCCUGAGUUCCAGUCUGUUUGUAUGUAAUAACAAUUUGGUGGGUGCUUAUAUUUUCUUAUUUCACGCAUGUGUGAAUUGGAAAUGUUUUUUGCAUAUCCCAACUCCCCCUGAGACACCGUCGGCGAGUGCCAGUCUGAUUCUGCUAUCAUACCAACUCCUUGUCAUAUCAUGCCAUGACCAGGCUAAAAGCUUGGAUCGAACCUGGCAAAUAAUUCAUCAUCUCUUCGAAUGCCUUCUUGGCUCUUCUCUGCUUGUCUCCUGUAGCGAGUUCCUCACUGGUCUCACAGAACACAGCAUCUAAGAUUGGGCAGAAAACAUCAUCAUGAGUCUGGGAGAAGUGGAUCAAGGCAAGGCAAUUCCAGAACAUAAUGGACAGGAAUUCACAACAACAACAUAGUGAGAUUGGCUAAGCACUGAAGUGGAACAGCAACAUCUAAAGUGAUUGUGUGUAUUGCCCUAAAACCCUUUGGUGGAGCCUUAGGAAGGAAAUAGGAGGGGUUGGGGAAGAAAAACAGUCAAAAGGUUUAUAAAGGGGGAAACAUUACUGAAGAAAAACGCACACAUUCACCAUACCUCUGAGCAUGGUGACGAGAGAGACGACAUGGUGUUCCUGCAGGAUUAUGUCCCGUUUGUGCUGGAUGUAGUUAUCCAUGUAGGCCUCCAGCGUGUUCUUGAACAAGAUCCGUCCCCCUGACAGGAUGUGGUGCAACCAGUCUGGCAUGUGGAACACCACUCGACCUGUCAGUCAAACAAUCAUUUCGUUACAUGAGCAGUUGUCACAAACACAGCACCAAACACAAUGAGAAGAAUCAUGGCUGGGCAAUAGGUGGCUACAACUAGCGCUGUGACGGUCACAAUUCUGUUUGUACACUUGCUUGCAUGAAUAUGGUUCUUAAUAAAAGCUAUUUUAAAAAGCCA